GGCGCUGGAGGCUGUCCCGUAGGAAGCAUGGCGGCGACUUCGAGUGCGGAAAAGGAGAAAGAGCGGCCGGGUGGCAACUCUGGAACAGUAGGUGGUAACAGCACACGAGAGCGGCUGUUGUCUGCGCUGGAAGAUCUGGAGGUGUUGUCGAGAGAACUUAUAGAAAUGCUGGCAAUUUCAAGAAACCAAAAGUUGUUACAGCCUGGAGAGGAAAACCAGAUCCUGGAGUUGUUAAUUCACAGAGACGGGGAGUUUCAAGAACUAAUGAAAUUGGCACUUAACCAGGGAAAAAUACAUCAUGAAAUGCAAGUUUUAGAAAAAGAAGUAGAAAAGAGAGACAGUGAUAUUCAACAACUACAAAAACAGCUCAAAGAAGCAGAACAAAUACUGGCAACAGCUGUUUAUCAAGCAAAGGAAAAGCUCAAAUCGAUAGAAAAGGCAAGAAAAGGUGCUAUCUCCUCUGAAGAGAUCAUUAAGUAUGCGCACAGGAUCAGUGCAAGCAAUGCUGUGUGUGCCCCACUGACCUGGGUUCCAGGGGACCCACGGAGGCCGUAUCCAACAGAUUUAGAAAUGAGAAGUGGAUUGUUGGGUCAGAUGAACAAUCCGUCCACUAAUGGUGUGAAUGGGCAUUUACCAGGGGAUGCACUCGCAGCAGGCAGGUUGCCAGAUGUCCUUGCUCCUCAGUACCCAUGGCAGUCCAGUGACAUGGCAAUGAACAUGUUACCACCCAAUCACAGUAACGACUUCCUGUUGGAACCUCCUGGGCAUAACAAAGAAAACGAAGAUGAUGUAGAGGUGAUGUCAACAGACUCCUCAAGUAGCAGUAGUGACUCUGAUUAA